AUGUCGAUCGACUCGAUCCCGCGCGAUCUCCGAGGGCUGCGGGCGUGUCUACUUUGCUCGAUGGUCAAGAGCAUCGACCAAUUCGAGGACACUGGCUGCGACAACUGCGAAAGCUAUCUGCACAUGAAGGGCGAUUCCGCAAAGGUGCUCGACUGUACGAGCGCAAACUUCGACGGCAUGAUCUCGGCGCUGGACCCGGAGAAUUCGUGGGUGUGCAAGUGGCAGAAGAUCAACCGCAAAGUGAAGGGGAUGUAUGCAGUGUCGGUCUCGGGCAGCCUGCCCUCCUCAAUUGUCCAAGAGCUCAAAUCGAUCGGCGUGACCUAUCGGCCCCGUAUGAGGGACACAACGACCAAA